AGCUCUAGAAGUCAAAUUGCUGAAUCCUCAUGGAGCCUCCCACGGGCGUCAUUCUGGACGAAGACUUUGGUACAGGCGUUGAAGAGUCUUUGGCACGCUUCGAUGAGGAUGGCUUUUGCAUCUUCCAGUCCUUUCUGAGGCCAUUGCAUCUCCAAGAGCUGCAAACCAGCUUUGAUGAGCGACUGCGUGAGCUUUUAGCUGAUGAUGUCGAGGUGGACUUGGGUGUGAACUGGGCCUGUGAAACUGCUGAGCCCUUCCUGAGAGUACUUCAAGAUGAGAGGCUCUUGGAUUUCCUGGUGGAGCUUUGUGGUUUGCCACUGGUGGCUAUGCGCCUGGAGCUCUUCGAGAAGAGGCCUGGCUCCUCGAACUUGAUCCCAUGGCACCAGGACACCUACACCACUCACGUGGGCUUCCAAUGGUCCUCCGAGACCGCGGACCAGGCGGCCAAGCCGCACCCACUCACGCUUUGGGUGGCGCUGGAUUUGGCCUCAGCAGAAUCUGGCGGUAUGGAGAUGGUGCCCGGCCGGCACCGGGAGCUUUUGGGCGCCGCAGUGCCCAAGGCGGCCAUCCUGGAUGCAGCCGCCCAUGGCCACUGCGUGGAGUACAAGCUCUUUCCAGGACAGGCUGGUGUCCAUCAUCCUUUGACGCCUCAUCGAUCUACAGCCAACCAAAGCUCUCAUAGUAGGCGAGCCUUCCUCGUCCGGCUGGUUCCUUGGUCUGAGACGAUCCAGAGUCGCUGUGCAGAUGGACCUUCCGAGGUUUCUUGGAUCUCCCAGCCCACGGGCAAGUACGAAUGGAGGCCCGGCAAUGCUGCGGCCACCUCACCCGAGCGAGCCUUGAAUCGACUCCUGGUCUGCUUUCCACGGCAGUGACGGGAGCAAAGAGAUGAAAAAAGGAGUGGAAAGCAGAAAAAAUGCAUUCUUGUUACUCUUAGAUUGUUAUGGCUGAUGGAUUGAACAGCUG